GCUCACGAAGAGAAAAGAUAAAGCCGCUGCUACGUCUUCCCUAUUCGUUCCAUUUCAUACCCGAACACACACACAACACCCAGACACAAAAAGAGAGUUGUGUGUCUGGCAGAAACCGCAGCUUGGUUGUGGGAGGGUAGAGAAAAGAGAAAAAAAAAACCGUGCAACAUCACUGGUUUCAUUGCCGUUGCUGGUGCCAAGGUUCCAGCUGAUCGUCGAGAAAAUGAACCGGCCUCUGACGGCCAACUCUCGCAACGAGGCAGAAAUGAUGUCGAAAGCCAAACGCCAACAAACCAUGGCGCAGGAUCCACUUGAAAAACUCCGGUGCCAACUGCUGUCCCGAGGUGCCACGGGUAUUAUCGGCUUCGGCAAGGUAUUUCGCCGGAUGGAUGAUGAUGGCAACCGUUCGCUGUCUUACGAAGAAUUUCGUAAAGGGAUCGAAGAAAGCGGAGUCAAGACCGACGACAGUGGUCGAGCUCUUUUCGAAGCAUUUGAUAAGGACCGUUCCGGAUCUGUUUGCAUCAACGAGUUCCUAAAAGCCAUAAGGCCUCCUAUGUCAGAAGGACGAAAACGAGUUAUAGCGGAAGCUUUUAAAAAAUUGGAUAAAUCAGGCGAUGCAAUUGUUACACUCGAAGAUUUAAACGGCGUCUACAACGUCAAACACAAUCCCAGAUAUCUGAGCGGAGAAGAAACAGAAGAACAAAUCCUUAAUAAGUUCCUGGCUAACUUUGAGGCAAACGGUUCCGUCGACGGAAAGGUGACGUACGACGAAUUUUUAGACUACUAUGCUGGAGUCAGCUCUUCCAUUGACCAUGACGCGUACUUUGAUUUGAUGAUGAGACAGGCGUGGAAAAUCUAAUCGUUCCACCAAAGAUUCGCUUUGUGUUCCCAUUUUUUCAAAGGCCGAACAGGGACGGGACAAGGGAAAGCUAAUCUUAAUAUUCAGAUGAUGAAGAACCUAUGGCUGCCGAUGAUUUAACUUUCCAUCGACUGUCCAUCUCUUUCAUGAGGACUUUUCUUCUUCCAAAGCUCUGUUUCUAUUUUGAAAGAAGAUCUUUCUGGGUGAAGAUACUUUUUUCUACUUAUUUAUCCUUCCUACGUUUAUCGUAGCAUCUAUCUCACUUUACUCGUCUGAAUGCCUUGGGCUGUAUUGAACCAACAGACGUUCAAAUAAUGGUUACAAAAUAAGUAGGCGAUGAUGUACUAUACCUAGUACGGAGUUCAGAAUAGGAUGCCGCAAAGUCAGGAGCACACCCGUGCAUGCCUGCUCUUUUGGAUAAAUGUAACUGGAAAAAGGUGUGCAGAUUGAUUGUGUAUUUCAUCAUAAUAUGCUUAUCAAUAAACUACACUUCUCGACUGCGA